AUGUGUGUGGGAAAAUGUUCCCGUUUCAUAGGUCUCUGCCUAGUUGUUCUGUCUGUAAUGGCCAUUACUUUGAGUCUAUUUCUGCUAUUCCCAAACUUUGAUGGCUCCUACCUAAAAAAGAACCUCAUCAGUCAUUAUGCAAUAAGGAUGCCUGGAAUUUGGGCAGGGGGUGUCAUGGUUCUGCUUUCUGGGAUACAGACUUCAUUAGCUGGAUUUAAAGUGAAAAUCUGUUCUUGCUGUGGCCCUCGUUGUGAUAUGCUGGUUUCUAUUGUCUUAUCUUCGUUGGCCCUUAUGGGAGCUUCAGUUUGCCUUAUAGUCAUCACAGCUGGACUGGCCAAAGGACCCUUCUGUUUGUAUGAAGUGAAUAUGAUAGAGGGAGCUAUGAAGGAAAAAUGGGAUUAUCCUUUUAUGACUGCUGACCCACAAAUAUUCAACAAUAGUGCGCACAUCCAGUUAUUUGACAUUGUCCUCUGGAGCACCGUCUGCAUUGAACCACCACAUAUUGUGACAUGGAACUCCUCUCUUGGCCUUUCUCUGUGUCUCAUUAACCUCCUACAGAUAUUGCUAUCCAUCAGUCAGUUGAUAAAUGCCUUUUUUGGAGUAAUUGGAGGACAUUGCGACCCCAAAAAGACUGGACCAUCUGAUGUAUAAGCAAUUACAUUAUGGAAGUUACAAUGCAGCAUUGUUUUGUGCUGGUGUGAUAUUCCUGGCUGCUUAGAGAAGAGCUUACUUUCAUCUGAUUCACUGGUAACCAUAUUUCUUGGAUACAAUCUAGAAAGAAAGCCCAGUGGGGCUGGAAAACCAAUGACACUUCCAUGGCAACCAUUGGCCGUCUCCAUUAACUUCUCAACAAGCUGUCCUGGUUGAAAUACUGCACCAUCAUCAUAACUCAAAGCUUGUACCCUAUAUCCUAGGGAGCUUCUGGCAUUGCAGUACAGGAGGUUGGAGCCAUCUUCUUCAUCGACUGAUACCAGCUGGCACUCUACUGUCUGCAAAUUUGGAAUUAGUUCUCCAAACAUCCAGCUUUGACCAUGAUUAUCACUUCGGAAUGCAAAAGCUCGAGGUGUGGUCUGGCACAACUUCCCAAAACAAUUUCUACAGCUGAUGUGGUAUGUAUAUGCCGGAACAAGGAGACGCCCAGUUUUUAACUGAAUACCAUGACCUGGUCCCAGGGCAAAAGUGGCCCAGUCUGAAAGAAAUAGAGAUAUGCAUACAAUAAUAAUUUAUUAAUUAUCUAUAUAUUGUUAAUUCCAUUCUCUAACAUUGAAAAUUCUGAAUUGCAUGAUAACUGUGUUCAGCUACUGCCCCCAAUCUGAAACACAACAAUGUGUAAAUAAUAUUGACAUUAGUCAUAAAGAACAUAUUUAUAUGAUAUUUUUUUUAUAGAAUUAGAUAUUAAAUCUAGAAAAAUAAUAAAAAAUCAUUACAUA